AUGUUUCUACUCUCUCUCUCUCUCUCUCUCUCUCUCUCUCUCUCUCUCUCUCUCUCUGUCUGUGCAAUCGGAAAUUUGAAGCGAAAUACAUUUUACCUAAAACGAUACAAUUUUCUUUAUCCUCUCUCUCUCUCUCUUUUUCUCUCUCUCUCUCUCUCCCGUUGUCUCUCUCUCCUUCUAUAUUUCUCUAUCUCCCACUCUCUCCCCUCCCUUUCUCUCUCUUCUCUCUCUCUCUCUCUAUCUAUCUCCGACUCUUUCCCCCCUCUCUCUUCUCCCUUUCUCUCUAUCUCCCUCUAUUUUGCUCCCUCUCUCUGCUAUAAAUAUUUUGAUACGAUUUUCAUUAUUCUCUUCCUUCCUCUCUCUUUCACUCUCUCUCUCUCCCUGUCUCCCUGUCUCCCUCUCUCUGUCGAUCGCUCACCCCAUCCUUCUUCUCCCUAUCUCCAUCAACCCCCCACCUCUCUCUCUCUCUCUCUCUCUCUCUCUCUCUCUCUCUCUCUCUCGGCUGUUGCUCUAAAUAAUUCUUGCUUCUUUACAACCUCCCUUUUUCUUUCACAUACAUGA